AUGGCGAUCAAUCACCGAUUAAAAUUAAAAGUCAUCAACCCAAAGCCUUCAAAAUUCAAGGGCAGCUUUCUACAGUUCCCCCGGUUUCCCCCAGAAGUCCGACUAAAUAUAUGGAGGCAGUCUCUCUACUAUGAGCGCCUUCUCCGAGUGGACCUUCAGCCAGGAGCUACAGCUGAGGACUUGGCACAUGAAGAUGAGCCACUUGAGACCAAGCGUGCAGCCAGGAAAUAUCUUGAGGCCCAUUCAGAGGGCUUCAUAAUCGUCUUGAGAACCAGGGACCAUAUGAGCAAACUCUUUCGUGUUUGCUGUGAGUCACGACAGUUUGCUAUGUCCUUUUAUCGAGUCAAGGUCCCCUGCUACUUCAAGGAAGUGGGAAUCCCUGCGCAACAAGUCACCCUCUACCUCCAUCCAGAGCUUGAUAUUCUGAGGCUCUCUGGGUUGAAAUAUUUCGCUAGAUUCGCACAGAUGAUCUGGAACCUUGACCACCAUCAUAUCGGGUUAGUAAAUAUCGCAUUGCCCUCAGACGCCAUAUACGAGGCCAGGACACAUUAUGACGAGCUAUUCCAAGAGGUGGAUGAUCAAGAUAUUUUACGUCAAGCUUUAGCAAGGCUACGCUCCGUCAUUUUUGGAUUUGAUGGGACUCUUGGGCGCGCAAUGCCAUACACAGCCGAAUAUAUUUGGGGAGGAAGAACAGAGUUAUCUCGGGCACGGCCGCUCCUAGCCUCUGUUUCCAGAUUCGAGCGAUUGCCGCAAGAUCCUCGACCCAUUGAAGAAGAGUUGAAAAGGGUUUAUCUACCACUUGGUGACCCGCGGGAGCAGAUCUAUAGAUGGUUCAGGCUGCUGGAUAAAUGGGAAAUUUCGAACGAUAAUCACCCAGUCGAGUAUCGCUUUAUGAUCACCUGUGGUGACACGCGAGUGGAGACCCGCGAGGAGGCACGGAUGUCACUUAAGGAAGAGAUAUGGGUGUGGAAGAAGAAGAAAAAUUUUCCUACAAGAACGGCGAGGGAAGGGCCCUUGCAAGAUGAUUAUCGGGCACUUCCUUCCGCCUACGGGUUCUGGCUCUUCCCCAUUGAUGCCUUCGGGAUAAUCCCAGAGGCUCACCCAGACAUUCGACAUGAGGGCGCUCUCAAAAAGAAAGAUCUCAGAAAGCCUGCAAAUCAGGCCGCAAGCAACCUCUUUGGAGGAGGAUUCAAAGCGGCCGUCAUGGCGUUCUGGUCGUUGGAAGAUAGAUAG